AAGCUGCUAGAGAAAGAGGACAGAGAUGGAGGCAACGAAAGAAAGAAUGGAGAAAGAACAAAAGAAGAGAGACGUGACCAGUGAGGCAGCGGGAAAGAGCGAAGAGAACACGACGGUGAGAGCUAUCAUUCGCGAAUCUGUAGUGGAAGGCAGAGGAGGUGACGAUGCAAAAGACGGCGGCAGUGGCACUCGCAAGCCGGAGGACAUUCUUGCUUUCUCAAGAACCGUACGGAAGAUCGAUUCGUCGCUUGAGUAGCAGUCAAUUAACUAAUGCAUGUUGCAUAGGUUCAAAGACCAUUAAUAUAUAUCUCAACUGUGAACUGAGUGGUGUUUAUAAUUUAGUUUAAAUUGUACUCGAGAGUGGUUCAUAUCUUUAUUGUAUAUUUUCAGUUGAUUUACGUUUGUGAAACUUUUUAUGAAGAGAAAAGAAUGACCUAAACU